ACUUUGGUUUUGGCGAGGUGUUGUACUCCCGUUGCGUAGCAACGCUACGUCGCAGGCUCCCGUAGGCGUAGGCGGCUACGCGUGACGUAGACGGGCUACGGAUGACGUAGUUGAAAUUUUCAACCUUUUUGAAGGUCACAGUCUAUAUUUAAAAAAUAAACUGCACUUAUAAUAUGUUGUGUAACAAAAACAAAGCAUCCUUUCACGCGGCAAGGUCAGCUUUGUUACUAAAAAUCGAAAUCUGCGUGCAAAACGAUAACGCGAUACAUUUUAUCAAAACGUAUCAAGUUAUUAGAGUUGAGACGGAUAUAUAUAAUUUUUAUAGGUGUGAGCAGGACGGGAGUUGUAGCAACAAGUCGCGUUCGCGUUAUCGGCAGUGACGUCACGACCCUUUCACUGGCGCGAACGUUCUCACGACGUCAGUCCACGCGGCUCGGUCACGGCGUCCACCCGUCUCGCUGUGUUCCUAAAACGACUGACGCGCGUUCCAUAUUCAAAAAUUUAAAAAGUUUUGACGGACCUGGAUUCUAGGGAAUUUCGCCAUGGGUGUUAUCAAGGUGUCCCCCGAUGCUGCGUCUCUGAUCUCCGUGUGUGACAUGCUCGACGAUAUGAAGAGCGAGUCGAGCUACACAUCAUCGGAGGAGGGAUGCGGCGGCGGUGAGCGGCACGCCGUGCUGAGUUACGAGCAGGUGUCGCGGCUCAACGACGUCAUGGACGAGGUGGUGGCCAUCCACGGCCGCGGCAACUACCCCACGCUGCACGUGCGGCUGCGGGAGCUGGUGGCCGGUGUGCGGGCGCGGCUUGAAGCCCCCCAGGCCGUCGGCGGUGCCGGCGUCGCCGUCCGCGAUGUCCGUCUGAACGGCGGAGCGGCUUCUCACGUUCUCGCCGACCGCCCCCAGCCCUACUCCGACAUCGACCUCAUUUUCACCGCCGACCUCCCCACCGCGCGCCACUGCGACCGCGUGAAGGCCGCCGUGCUCGGCCAUCUCUCCACCCUCCUACCCCCGGCUACCCCACGCCGCCGCGCCUCCACUGCCGGCCUAAAAGAAGCCUACGUCUCCAAAAUGGUCCGCGUGAGCUCCGACGGCGACCGCUGGUCGCUCAUCUCCCUCGGAAACUCCCGCGGACACAAAUCCGUGGAGCUCAAGUUCGUGGACACCAUGCGACGUCAGUUUGAGUUCUCCGUGGACUCGUUCCAGAUCGCGCUAGAUUCGCUACUCGCGUUCCACGAAUGCGCGGCGCUGCCCAUCGGCGAGAACUUCUAUCCGACCGUAGUCGGCGAGUCAGUGUAUGGAGAUUUCCGCGAAGCUCUGAUCCACCUAACGGAGAAGUUGAUCGCGACACGCCAGCCCGAGGAAAUCCGCGGCGGCGGCCUGCUCAAGUAUUGCGCGUUACUGGCUAAAGGAUACAGGGCCGCGCGGCCAGAUCGCAUCAAGACGCUAGAGCGAUAUAUGUGCUCGCGGUUCUUCAUCGACUUCCCCGAGCUCGGCCAGCAGCGCGCCAAGCUCGAGGCGUAUCUACGGAAUCACUUCGUCGGGCGCGAGGAGGAGGCCCUCAAGCACCGCUAUUUAACGCUGCUGCACGGUGUAGUCCGCGAGUCGACAGUGUGCCUCAUGGGCCACGAACGGCGGCAGACCCUGGCGCUGAUCGAGCACCUGGCGUGCCGGGAGCUGUGCGCGCGGACGCCGGUGUUGCUGGCGCCGGGCGUGGGCGUGGGCGUGGGAGUGGGAGUGGGAGUGGGAGUGGGUGUGAGCGGCUACUACGUGUGCGUGUGCGCGGCGUGUGCGGCGUGCGCGGCGUGCCCCGCCUGCGCCGCGUCCUACUGCCAGUGCUGCCGCCCGCAGAUGUGCCCCGCGUGACCGCGCUAGACCGCCGUGAUCAGAGACACGUGAUUCUUACCUUCUUUAUCGAUCGAUGAAUUUAGUGCCAAAUGUAUAUAAUAAAAAAUAUAUGUAUAUGUAUGAUUCACUGUCCUAUAGGCGAGUGUAUAUAAUGUGUUAUUAAUUACGCUUCGUAUUCUUGGCUGGAUUUUUAUUAGGAAAAAAAUGGGAAUCACCAAAGCGAAAAAGACAGGCCGGUAGACUUACACUUCUUUGGCGAUUGCGUAUAUUUCAGUAGAUAUAAUCGAGUGGGUCUCGAGCACUGACGCCGAGCCGGCUCGACUUGCCAUUGAACCUCGCGGCCUUCUGAGCCAUAUCGGUAGCUUCAUGUGGAGACAAUUUACCCUGUGUCAAUUCGAAGUUGCUCACUUUACUAGUACACAGAUCAAUUCUCAACAGUCAAUUCUCCCGCAAGGCCUCCAUGGUAGUAACCGGGAAUCUACUAGCUAGUCACUACUGAUCACCAAAGCGUGGUGAAGAGUUUAACUAACUCUGAUUGGUUAUGAUGGCAGUAUUACUGACUAUACUAUUAGUGACCUAGACUACCAACCCCGCACUCGUUUGCUAAUAAUUCUAAUCAACUAUUGUAAUGUUAGCUAGAAAACUAAGCAGAACGUAUUUAGCCAACGCUUGAGGUCAAACGUGAAAUAAUUUCUAGUCGUACUCCUUUCGUGUUGAUAAUUUAAUAUGUUAGCAGUACGAAAAUUAUUUUCCACGAAAUAUAAUGGAUGCAUUGUUAGGAAUAAGUCCGAGUCGAUGGUCUGCCUAUAAAAAAAAGACUAGUUAGUUAUUAUUAAGCUUUGUAUGUAUAAAAUUGUCUCCAUAAUUUUAGUGGCAUGUCUCUCAAAAACCCCGCUCAAAUGUCAAAGGCGUAACUUUGACUGGAGCUUCAACUAGACUGCUUUGGAAGAUAACGAUAUUUCAGUAGCAACUAAAAGCUAAAUAGAAACAAGUCCGGCCUUGUCAUUGGCCUUUAGAAACGUUUAGUCGGGUCUAGGGACGAACGAACGUUGUUAAACAAGGAAUCGCAAAUGCAGACAAAGAAUUAGGCAUAAACUGUCCCUGCGUGGACGGCAGGCGCGGCCGGGACGCACUUUACGACAUGCCUACAUAUUUGUGAAGCGCAAAGGAAACGCAGAGGAGUUUAGUGCUCGCCCGGCUGCCACGCGAGAUGUACUGAAGACGUAUUUUAUUACUAUGUAUUUAUAUAAUAUAACGUGUAUACAUUUGUCUUGAUCGCUCUAGUAUUGUAUACGGCUUGGCAUACGAGAGUAACAAAUUAAGUUAAUUAUAAAAACAAAAAAGAGAAAAAGCAAAAAAAGACUAAGGUGUGUACAAUAUUAAAGUCCACUCUUGUUAUUGAUAGAGAUCCAUUUAUGAAUAUUUUAAGAAUAUUUACAAGUACUAGAAGUCACGUCGAGAGCGUACUUAUAUGGCGUUUCAACUUUUAACAUUUCAUCAAUUACAGUAAAUAUUGUAGGUGGUAUGAAAACAUGUGAUUUAAUUGUUGUAGAGUAACAUACUGUUGUCGAUGAUUAUACUUACAUACAUUAUAAUGUAGAUUAAAUCCAAUAGAGAGAUGUACUAUUAUUGUUGUAUUUUAAUGAUAUAUAGAUAUACGAAUGAUUGUGUAAACUGUGUCCGGCCAAACGUGCAUGUCUUAGAUAUUUUCCAAUGCAUAUUCAAAUAAAAAAUAUAUGUAUACACAUUAUUGCAUGGAACUCUUGAAUAGGAAGUAAGAUGUUUACAUAUUUUUGAUUAGUCGAAACGACAUCCAGAGGAAUCAAGUACAAUGGCUCCUAGAGUCACUAAUGUUUCGGGCCUACUCCGCGAGGACGAAUCCGACUUGCUCACUAUCGAACCAAAAUUUGAGAUCUCAUUUUUUUAUUCCCUCAAAAUAUUUCGAAAAUGUAAGAACAUGUUCAAUUUAUUUUUAACUCGUACUUUGUACUGUCCGCGGCCCUUGUUAGGGUCAACACUGGAUUCAUGAACUAUUGAUCAGUUUGUUUUAAAGUGGUAACUCCUAAAAUGAAGUGUAACCUACCGCGAAAAUCAAAUAUAGAAAUUGCGUUACCUGCCUCUCUAUUAUUCUUGUAUACCUAUUCGAGCGAUAGAGAGGUAGAUAAUGAAAUUUCGAUUUCGAUCACAAACUCGUUAAUACCCAUCAGAGAUCUACUAAUAUAUUAAGGAUAACAAAACUUAGAAAAUCUCAUCGAAUCCAGUGUCCCGUGGCUUUUGCUCUUGUCAUGACUUAAGAAUCACGAAUUAUAAAACGCUUUUCAAAUUCUCAACAUUUUAAUUUACGAGAGGUGUAUUGAUAUUAUAAUAUAUCAAGUAUUUAGAAACGUGUAUAUUUCCUAAGUCAUUGAGGGCGAAGUGGAGGAAAAGGGUCCGUUGUCUCCCCGCGUUCGUGUCAUUUCUCAAGUCUAAAAUGUCAUUAAUAUUUGGUAAUAAUAGGAUUUUCGGUUGAACUUCAAAAUGGCGAAGGCGUACGAAGAAUACUUUCUUCUUUUCUGCUCAUUAAUGUUGUUUAAAGUGUAAUAUUGAUAGCUUAUUAUGCAGAAAUCUAACGCGUCCAGCGUGCAGCUAAUGAAGAAUUUUAAUCUUGAAACGCGUUUAACCAUUAUUUAGUCAACACCCGGCAAUCCAUUGUAGCUAUUUGUAAAGUCCAGAAUAUUACUUUACUAAGAGCAAUCACCGUAUAACGUCAUGCUCAACGAACACACUUUUGAUAUUGGCGAAAUCGUUGUAUAAAUUGUAUCUUCCAAACUUGACGCUGGCAAAAUUGUUCCACUAGACAGAUGCCAUUUUUUUUUAACUGAACUGAACUAGGUAAUGAUAAGUUCAUUACGCAGUAUCUUAGACUAAUAGACGAACGCAGUGGGACGUCGGACUAGUCUGUACUUAGAAGUAAAACAAGUACAUAAUUAUAACUAACGAAAUCUAAACCAUAUUCCAUUUGUACCUAAUAAGAGUGAAUGUAAGUUAAUUAUAUCACUAGUUAUACCUCUCGGAAUCGAGACAGGCGUCUAAGUUGUGAUUUGUAGUCUUUUCGACAGGUCUUUUAACGUUAUAUAUAUUGAAUAUUAUCAUAUUUUUAAUAACUGUGAUUAUUAUAUCUAUAUUGUAAUCUAUUAUUGGCAGUACCCGGUAUGAACUACCUCCUCGCUUAAACUAAAAUUCUGAUAAAUCGUGCUUGUAUUGUAUUAGAAAAUAUAUUUUAUUACCGUUGUACAGAUUCAGAUGAUUAUUCCAUACAUUGUAGGUUUCAAAUAGUACAACUUCAGUCUUUUUGGUACAUGGCGAAGUGAAAUUUUAAUGCAGUGCAAAAAAUUAUCAAUUGAUACAUAGUUUGAGCCGAUUUAGAGAAUAUUUUAUAUUCAGGAAUUACUGUUGUUUAACUGAGAAUAAUGUAUUUGAAAUUAUAUCUAAAAGAACAAGUAAUUGUGGUAUUUUUGAUUAGAUGAAUGAGUUUACGAACGGCGAAGUCAAUGCCAUUGUUCAAAAACAAAAAAGAAAAUACAAAUUAUUCGGCCAGUAUUUUUAAAACUGAACUUUAUCACUUUGACUUAAUGAUUACAUUCUGUAAUACAUGUUGUGAAGGUUGAUUACAGUAAUCAAUUUUCAAGGUCAUAUCUGGCACUUUGCACUAGAUUAAAUUCAGCAAUAGCUCUUCCGUAGAAAUAUUUCGUGACGCUUCCAUGAAACGGUCUAAAUAUUUUGGAAAUGUUUUUGCAAACGAGAGACAUUGCGGUUUAUUAUAGGGUUUUAUUUUUCUAAAGUUACCAUCAGUUUUCAGCUAGCCUUUCUGUGUAUGGUUAAUUUUAUAUUGUGCACGUCACGGGGCGUCUGCGUACUGAGUUUGUUUGAUUAUUUGUAUAUAUUGUAGGGGUAGAGAGAGACGAGGCGAUAUUUGUUUGAUCUAAUGUGAGACGAAUUGUGUUUGUCGAUUUCCUUCUAAAAUGGAUUGGCCGCUCUGAAUAUGUUCAUUUUCCGCAAUCUACGUCUUUAUGUUUGAUUAUAAACUUCAAAUAAAUCAAGAAUAUUACUGGUAAAGUAAUAUUCCGUAUAUUUCUCUUGAUCUGUGUCGUAAUAUAAAGGCGUACUUUGUAACGCAAGCACGUUUGACGUGUAAACCCGGUUUUGCAUUUAAAGUGAUAUGAUAUACGUUGGAAAACGCCAUUAGCUCCUUAACCGAUGCAUUUAAAUCAUUUGCUCAUUACGCAAAAAGCUUUGCAAUUAAAAUUUAGAAUUCUCAUUAACUUAAAAUU